AUGCCAUCUGUGAUCACCUCCUAUGUUCCAGGCAUGGUUGGUUCUUCUUCUGUUGUCUCCACCUCCACCAUGUACACCACCGACAACAACGGCAGCAGCACCCACAUUGGUGUUGUGAUUGUUGAGACCCCAAUGCCAUCUGUGAUCACCUCCUAUGUUCCAGGCAUGGUUGGCUCUGCUUCUGUUCUAUCCACCUCCACCCUGUACACCACCAACUACAACGGCAGCAGCACCCACAUUGGUGUUGUGAUUGUUGAAACCCCAAUGCCAAGUGUCAUUACUUCCUAUGUUCCAGGCAUGGUUGGUUCUGCUUCUGUGCUAUCCACCUCCACCUUGUACACCACCAACUACAACGGUAGCAGCACCCACAUUGGUGUUGUGAUUGUUGAGACCCCAAUGCCAUCUGUGAUCACCUCCUAUGUUCCAGGCAUGGUUGGUUCUUCUUCUGUUGUCUCCACCUCCACCAUGUACACCACCGACAACAACGGCAGCAGCACCCACAUUGGUGUUGUGAUUGUUGAGACACCAAUGCCAUCUGUGAUCACCUCCUAUGUUCCAGGCAUGGUUGGCUCUGCUUCUGUUCUAUCCACCUCCACCCUAUACACCACCAACUACAAUGGCAGCAGCACCCACAUUGGUGUUGUGAUUGUUGAAACCCCAAUGCCAUCUGUGAUCACCUCCUAUGUUCCAGGCAUGGUUGGUUCUGCUUCUGUUCUAUCCACCUCCACCCUGUACACCACCAACUACAACGGUAGCAGCACCCACAUUGGUGUUGUGAUUGUUGAAACCCCAAUGCCAAGUGUCAUUACUUCCUAUGUUCCAGGCAUGGUUGGUUCUGCUUCUGUGCUAUCCACCUCCACCCUGUACACCACCAACUACAACGGCAGCAGCACUCAUAUUGGUGUUGUGAUUGUUGAAACCCCAAUGCCAAGUGUCAUUACUUCCUAUGUUCCAGGCAUGGUUGGUUCUUCUUCUAUUAAGUCCACCUCCACCAUGUACACCACCAACUACAACGGUAGCAGCACUCAUAUUGGUGUUGUGAUUGUUGAGACCCCAAUGCCAAGUGUCAUUACUUCCUAUGUUCCAGGCAUGGUUGGCUCUGCUUCUGUUCUAUCCACCUCCACCCUGUACACCACCAACUACAACGGCAGCAGCACCCACAUUGGUGUUGUGAUUGUUGAAACCCCAAUGCCAAGUGUCAUUACUUCCUAUGUUCCAGGCAUGGUUGGCUCUGCUUCUGUUCUAUCCACCUCCACCCUGUACACCACCAACUACAACGGCAGCAGCACUCACAUUGGUGUUGUGAUUGUUGAGACCCCAAUGCCAAGUGUCAUUACUUCCUAUGUUCCAGGCAUGGUUGGUUCUGCUUCUGUGUUAUCCACCUCCACCCUGUACACCACCAACUACAACGGCAGCAGCACCCACAUUGGUGUUGUGAUUGUUGAGACACCAAUGCCAUCUGUGAUCACCUCCUAUGUUCCAGGCAUGGUUGGUUCUGCUUCUAUUAAGUCCACCUCCACCAUGUACACCACCAACUACAACGGUAGCAGCACUCAUAUUGGUGUUGUGAUUGUUGAAACCCCAAUGCCAAGUGUCAUUACUUCCUAUGUUCCAGGCAUGGUUGGCUCUGCUUCUGUUCUAUCCACCUCCACCCUGUACACCACCAACUACAACGGCAGCAGCACUCACAUUGGUGUUGUGAUUGUUGAGACCCCAAUGCCAAGUGUCAUUACUUCCUAUGUUCCAGGCAUGGUUGGUUCUGCUUCUGUUCUAUCCACCUCCACCCUGUACACCACCAACUACAACGGCAGCAGCACCCACAUUGGUGUUGUGAUUGUUGAGACCCCAAUGCCAUCUGUGAUCACCUCCUAUGUUCCAGGCAUGGUUGGUUCUGCUUCUGUUCUAUCCACCUCCACCCUGUACACCACCAACUACAACGGCAGCAGCACCCACAUUGGUGUUGUGAUUGUUGAGACCCCAAUGCCAAGUGUCAUUACUUCCUAUGUUCCAGGUAUGGUUGGUUCUUCUUCUGUUCUAUCCACCUCCACCCUGUACACCACCAACUACAACGGCAGCAGCACUCAUAUUGGUGUUGUGAUUGUUGAGACCCCAAUGCCAAGUGUCAUUACUUCCUAUGUUCCAGGCAUGGUUGGUUCUGCUUCUGUGUUAUCCACCUCCACCCUGUACACCACCAACUACAACAGCAGCAGCACUCAUAUUGGUGUUGUGAUUGUUGAAACCCCAAUGCCAAGUGUCAUUACUUCCUAUGUUCCAGGCAUGGUUGGUUCUUCUUCUAUUAAGUCCACCUCCACCAUGUACACCACCAACUACAACGGUAGCAGCACUCAUAUUGGUGUUGUGAUUGUUGAGACCCCAAUGCCAAGUGUCAUUACUUCCUAUGUUCCAGGCAUGGUUGGCUCUGCUUCUGUUCUAUCCACCUCCACCCUGUACACCACCAACUACAACGGCAGCAGCACUCACAUUGGUGUUGUGAUUGUUGAGACCCCAAUGCCAAGUGUCAUUACUUCCUAUGUUCCAGGCAUGGUUGGUUCUUCUUCUAUUAAGUCCACCUCCACCAUGUACACCACCAACUACAACGGUAGCAGCACCCACAUUGGUGUUGUGAUUGUUGAGACCCCAAUGCCAAGUGUCAUUACUUCCUAUGUUCCAGGUAUGGUUGGUUCUUCUUCUGUUCUAUCCACCUCCACCCUGUACACCACCAACUACAACGGCAGCAGCACCCACAUUGGUGUUGUGAUUGUUGAGACCCCAAUGCCAUCUGUGAUCACCUCCUAUGUUCCAGGCAUGGUUGGCUCUGCUUCUGUGUUAUCCACCUCCACCCUGUACACCACCAACUACAACGGCAGCAGCACCCACAUUGGUGUUGUGAUUGUUGAGACACCAAUGCCAUCUGUGAUCACCUCCUAUGUUCCAGGCAUGGUUGGCUCUGCUUCUGUGCUAUCCACCUCCACCCUGUACACCACCAACUACAACGGCAGCAGCACCCACAUUGGUGUUGUGAUUGUUGAGACCCCAAUGCCAUCUGUGAUCACCUCCUAUGUUCCAGGCAUGGUUGGCUCUGCUUCUGUUCUAUCCACCUCCACCCUAUACACCACCAACUACAACGGCAGCAGCACCCACAUUGGUGUUGUGAUUGUUGAAACCCCAAUGCCAAGUGUCAUUACUUCCUAUGUUCCAGGUAUGGUUGGUUCUUCUUCUGUUGUCUCCACCUCCACCUUGUACACCACCAACUACAACGGUAGCAGCACCCACAUUGGUGUUGUGAUUGUUGAGACCCCAAUGCCAAGUGUCAUUACUUCCUAUGUUCCAGGCAUGGUUGGUUCUGCUUCUGUGUUAUCCACCUCCACCCUGUACACCACCAACUACAACGGCAGCAGCACUCAUAUUGGUGUUGUGAUUGUUGAAACCCCAAUGCCAAGUGUCAUUACUUCCUAUGUUCCAGGCAUGGUUGGUUCUUCUUCUAUUAAGUCCACCUCCACCUUGUACACCACCAACUACAACGGCAGCAGCACUCAUAUUGGUGUUGUGAUUGUUGAGACCCCAAUGCCAAGUGUCAUUACUUCCUAUGUUCCAGGCAUGGUUGGUUCUGCUUCUGUGCUAUCCACCUCCACCCUGUACACCACCAACUACAACGGCAGCAGCACUCACAUCGGUGUUGUGAUUGUUGAGACCCCAAUGCCAAGUGUCAUUACUUCCUAUGUUCCAGGCAUGGUUGGUUCUGCUUCUGUGCUAUCCACCUCCACCCUGUACACCACCAACUACAACGGCAGCAGCACUCACAUCGGUGUUGUGAUUGUUGAGACCCCAAUGCCAAGUGUCAUUACUUCCUAUGUUCCAGGCAUGGUUGGUUCUGCUUCUGUGCUAUCCACCUCCACCCUGUACACCACCAACUACAACGGCAGCAGCACUCAUAUUGGUGUUGUGAUUGUUGAAACCCCAAUGCCAAGUGUCAUUACUUCCUAUGUUCCAGGCAUGGUUGGUUCUGCUUCUGUGCUAUCCACCUCCACCCUGUACACCACCAACUACAACGGCAGCAGCACUCACAUCGGUGUUGUGAUUGUUGAGACCCCAAUGCCAAGUGUCAUUACUUCCUAUGUUCCAGGCAUGGUUGGUUCUGCUUCUGUGCUAUCCACCUCCACCCUGUACACCACCAACUACAACGGCAGCAGCACUCACAUUGGUGUUGUGAUUGUUGAAACCCCAAUGCCAAGUGUCAUUACUUCCUAUGUUCCAGGCAUGGUUGGUUCUGCUUCUGUUCUAUCCACCUCCACCCUGUACACCACCAACUACAACGGUAGCAGCACCCACAUUGGUGUUGUGAUUGUUGAAACCCCAAUGCCAAGUGUCAUUACUUCCUAUGUUCCAGGUAUGGUUGGUUCUUCUUCUGUUGUCUCCACCUCCACCUUGUACACCACCAACUACAACGGUAGCAGCACCCACAUUGGUGUUGUGAUUGUUGAGACCCCAAUGCCAUCUGUGAUCACCUCCUAUGUUCCAGGCAUGGUUGGUUCUUCUUCUGUUGUCUCCACCUCCACCAUGUACACCACCGACAACAACGGCAGCAGCACCCACAUUGGUGUUGUGAUUGUUGAGACACCAAUGCCAUCUGUGAUCACCUCCUAUGUUCCAGGCAUGGUUGGCUCUGCUUCUGUUCUAUCCACCUCCACCCUAUACACCACCAACUACAAUGGCAGCAGCACCCACAUUGGUGUUGUGAUUGUUGAAACCCCAAUGCCAAGUGUCAUUACUUCCUAUGUUCCAGGCAUGGUUGGUUCUGCUUCUGUGCUAUCCACCUCCACCUUGUACACCACCAACUACAACGGUAGCAGCACCCACAUUGGUGUUGUGAUUGUUGAGACCCCAAUGCCAUCUGUGAUCACCUCCUAUGUUCCAGGCAUGGUUGGUUCUUCUUCUGUUGUCUCCACCUCCACCAUGUACACCACCGACAACAACGGCAGCAGCACCCACAUUGGUGUUGUGAUUGUUGAGACACCAAUGCCAUCUGUGAUCACCUCCUAUGUUCCAGGCAUGGUUGGCUCUGCUUCUGUUCUAUCCACCUCCACCCUAUACACCACCAACUACAAUGGCAGCAGCACCCACAUUGGUGUUGUGAUUGUUGAAACCCCAAUGCCAUCUGUGAUCACCUCCUAUGUUCCAGGCAUGGUUGGUUCUGCUUCUGUUCUAUCCACCUCCACCCUGUACACCACCAACUACAACGGUAGCAGCACCCACAUUGGUGUUGUGAUUGUUGAAACCCCAAUGCCAAGUGUCAUUACUUCCUAUGUUCCAGGCAUGGUUGGUUCUGCUUCUGUGCUAUCCACCUCCACCCUGUACACCACCAACUACAACGGCAGCAGCACUCAUAUUGGUGUUGUGAUUGUUGAAACCCCAAUGCCAAGUGUCAUUACUUCCUAUGUUCCAGGCAUGGUUGGUUCUUCUUCUAUUAAGUCCACCUCCACCAUGUACACCACCAACUACAACGGUAGCAGCACUCAUAUUGGUGUUGUGAUUGUUGAGACCCCAAUGCCAAGUGUCAUUACUUCCUAUGUUCCAGGCAUGGUUGGCUCUGCUUCUGUUCUAUCCACCUCCACCCUGUACACCACCAACUACAACGGCAGCAGCACCCACAUUGGUGUUGUGAUUGUUGAAACCCCAAUGCCAAGUGUCAUUACUUCCUAUGUUCCAGGCAUGGUUGGCUCUGCUUCUGUUCUAUCCACCUCCACCCUGUACACCACCAACUACAACGGCAGCAGCACUCACAUUGGUGUUGUGAUUGUUGAGACCCCAAUGCCAAGUGUCAUUACUUCCUAUGUUCCAGGCAUGGUUGGUUCUGCUUCUGUGUUAUCCACCUCCACCCUGUACACCACCAACUACAACGGCAGCAGCACUCACAUUGGUGUUGUGAUUGUUGAGACCCCAAUGCCAUCUGUGAUCACCUCCUAUGUUCCAGGCAUGGUUGGUUCUGCUUCUAUUAAGUCCACCUCCACCAUGUACACCACCAACUACAACGGUAGCAGCACUCAUAUUGGUGUUGUGAUUGUUGAAACCCCAAUGCCAAGUGUCAUUACUUCCUAUGUUCCAGGCAUGGUUGGCUCUGCUUCUGUUCUAUCCACCUCCACCCUGUACACCACCAACUACAACGGCAGCAGCACCCACAUUGGUGUUGUGAUUGUUGAAACCCCAAUGCCAAGUGUCAUUACUUCCUAUGUUCCAGGCAUGGUUGGUUCUGCUUCUGUGCUAUCCACCUCCACCUUGUACACCACCAACUACAACGGUAGCAGCACCCACAUUGGUGUUGUGAUUGUUGAGACCCCAAUGCCAUCUGUGAUCACCUCCUAUGUUCCAGGCAUGGUUGGUUCUUCUUCUGUUGUCUCCACCUCCACCAUGUACACCACCGACAACAACGGCAGCAGCACCCACAUUGGUGUUGUGAUUGUUGAGACACCAAUGCCAUCUGUGAUCACCUCCUAUGUUCCAGGCAUGGUUGGCUCUGCUUCUGUUCUAUCCACCUCCACCCUAUACACCACCAACUACAAUGGCAGCAGCACCCACAUUGGUGUUGUGAUUGUUGAAACCCCAAUGCCAUCUGUGAUCACCUCCUAUGUUCCAGGCAUGGUUGGUUCUGCUUCUGUUCUAUCCACCUCCACCCUGUACACCACCAACUACAACGGUAGCAGCACCCACAUUGGUGUUGUGAUUGUUGAAACCCCAAUGCCAAGUGUCAUUACUUCCUAUGUUCCAGGCAUGGUUGGUUCUGCUUCUGUGCUAUCCACCUCCACCCUGUACACCACCAACUACAACGGCAGCAGCACUCAUAUUGGUGUUGUGAUUGUUGAAACCCCAAUGCCAAGUGUCAUUACUUCCUAUGUUCCAGGCAUGGUUGGUUCUUCUUCUAUUAAGUCCACCUCCACCAUGUACACCACCAACUACAACGGUAGCAGCACUCAUAUUGGUGUUGUGAUUGUUGAGACCCCAAUGCCAAGUGUCAUUACUUCCUAUGUUCCAGGCAUGGUUGGCUCUGCUUCUGUUCUAUCCACCUCCACCCUGUACACCACCAACUACAACGGCAGCAGCACCCACAUUGGUGUUGUGAUUGUUGAAACCCCAAUGCCAAGUGUCAUUACUUCCUAUGUUCCAGGCAUGGUUGGCUCUGCUUCUGUUCUAUCCACCUCCACCCUGUACACCACCAACUACAACGGCAGCAGCACUCACAUUGGUGUUGUGAUUGUUGAGACCCCAAUGCCAAGUGUCAUUACUUCCUAUGUUCCAGGCAUGGUUGGUUCUGCUUCUGUGUUAUCCACCUCCACCCUGUACACCACCAACUACAACGGCAGCAGCACCCACAUUGGUGUUGUGAUUGUUGAGACACCAAUGCCAUCUGUGAUCACCUCCUAUGUUCCAGGCAUGGUUGGUUCUGCUUCUAUUAAGUCCACCUCCACCAUGUACACCACCAACUACAACGGUAGCAGCACUCAUAUUGGUGUUGUGAUUGUUGAAACCCCAAUGCCAAGUGUCAUUACUUCCUAUGUUCCAGGCAUGGUUGGCUCUGCUUCUGUUCUAUCCACCUCCACCCUGUACACCACCAACUACAAUGGCAGCAGCACUCACAUUGGUGUUGUGAUUGUUGAGACCCCAAUGCCAAGUGUCAUUACUUCCUAUGUUCCAGGCAUGGUUGGUUCUGCUUCUGUGUUAUCCACCUCCACCCUGUACACCACCAACUACAACGGCAGCAGCACUCAUAUUGGUGUUGUGAUUGUUGAGACCCCAAUGCCAAGUGUCAUUACUUCCUAUGUUCCAGGCAUGGUUGGUUCUGCUUCUGUGUUAUCCACCUCCACCCUGUACACCACCAACUACAACGGCAGCAGCACUCAUAUUGGUGUUGUGAUUGUUGAAACCCCAAUGCCAAGUGUCAUUACUUCCUAUGUUCCAGGCAUGGUUGGCUCUGCUUCUGUUCUAUCCACCUCCACCCUGUACACCACCAACUACAACGGCAGCAGCACUCAUAUUGGUGUUGUGAUUGUUGAGACCCCAAUGCCAAGUGUCAUUACUUCCUAUGUUCCAGGCAUGGUUGGUUCUGCUUCUGUGUUAUCCACCUCCACCCUGUACACCACCAACUACAACAGCAGCAGCACUCAUAUUGGUGUUGUGAUUGUUGAAACCCCAAUGCCAAGUGUCAUUACUUCCUAUGUUCCAGGCAUGGUUGGUUCUUCUUCUAUUAAGUCCACCUCCACCAUGUACACCACCAACUACAACGGUAGCAGCACUCAUAUUGGUGUUGUGAUUGUUGAGACCCCAAUGCCAAGUGUCAUUACUUCCUAUGUUCCAGGCAUGGUUGGCUCUGCUUCUGUUCUAUCCACCUCCACCCUGUACACCACCAACUACAACGGCAGCAGCACUCACAUUGGUGUUGUGAUUGUUGAGACCCCAAUGCCAAGUGUCAUUACUUCCUAUGUUCCAGGCAUGGUUGGUUCUUCUUCUAUUAAGUCCACCUCCACCAUGUACACCACCAACUACAACGGUAGCAGCACUCAUAUUGGUGUUGUGAUUGUUGAGACCCCAAUGCCAAGUGUCAUUACUUCCUAUGUUCCAGGCAUGGUUGGCUCUGCUUCUGUUCUAUCCACCUCCACCCUGUACACCACCAACUACAACGGCAGCAGCACCCACAUUGGUGUUGUGAUUGUUGAGACCCCAAUGCCAAGUGUCAUUACUUCCUAUGUUCCAGGCAUGGUUGGUUCUUCUUCUGUUCUAUCCACCUCCACCCUGUACACCACCAACUACAACGGCAGCAGCACCCACAUUGGUGUUGUGAUUGUUGAGACCCCAAUGCCAUCUGUGAUCACCUCCUAUGUUCCAGGCAUGGUUGGCUCUGCUUCUGUGUCUAUCCACCUCCACCCUGUACACCACCAACUACAACGGCAGCAGCACCCACAUUGGUGUUGUGAUUGUUGA